UUGAGUGCGUCUGAGGCGGACACAUGCUCGGGUUCUUCCAAAUUGUGCCCGGAGCACAUUGCCUAGGCACAAAGCCGGGCUCCAGACUCCCUCUCCACUGAACCAAUAGCGUCCCGUCUCCAUGGAGAUGGCGGUGGGGCGGGACUUCCUCUCCCACAGAGGAGCACUUCCGCCUUGGUCCGGAAGCGCCAGGGUAACCAGAGCGGCGGGCGAGGCAAGAUUUCUGGAGGGUCUGACGGGGCCGCGGCGAUGCUCACACCGGCGUUCGACCUCAGCCAGGACGCCGACUUCCUGACCGUCGCCAUCCGCGUGCCCCACGCCCGUGUCUCCGAGUUCGACGUCUACUUCCAGGGCGCCGACUUCAGGUUCUACGCCAAGCCGUACUUCCUCAGAUUAACUCUUCCUGGGAGAAUUGUAGAAAAUGGAAGUGAAAAAGGGUCCUAUGAUGCAGAUAAAGGAAUUUUUACCAUUCAGUUACCCAAAGAAACUCCUGGUCAGCAUUUUGAGGGGCUGAACAUGUUAACUGCGCUUCUGGCACCAAGAAAAUCCAGGACUGCAAAACCACUGGUGGAGGAAAUAGGUGCUUCUGAGGAAGGAGUAGAAGAUGAUGAUGAAGACUUUGACUGGGAAAUUGAACAGUCCCCCUAUGAAGAGGUGCCAGAAAGUGUUCUGUACCCGCAUGGCCACUAUGGAUUUGGAGGCCUGCGAUCAGGAGUAUUUCAGCGGUUACAGGAUGAAUUCAGUGAUGUCAUCGAUAUUAAGGAUCCAGAUUUUACUCCUGCAGCUGAACGCAGGCAGAAACGCGUGGCUGCUGAGCUGGCCAAAUUUGAUCCUGAUCAUUAUCUAGCCGACUUUUUUGAAGAUGAGGCAGUUGAACAGGCUUUGCAGUAUAACCCUUGGUGGACUGAUAUGUAUUCAGAGAUGAUGGCCUUUAUGGGAAAGAGUCAGGAGCAAGAAAAUCAUGCUGCUUUAGUAUCUUUCUCUGAAGAAGAGAAAUAUCAGCUGCGAAAAUUUGUCCAUAAGUCUUAUCUGCUGGACAAAAGAGCCCAACGUCAAGUGUACUACAGUCUGAUUGAUAUCCUUCUGGCCUAUUGCUAUGACACUCGUGUCAAUGAAGGAGAGAAGAACGUUGAAUCUGCGUGGAAUAUCAGAAAACUGAGUCCAACACUGUGCUGGUUUGAGACUUGGACUAAUGUUCAUGACAUCCUGGUGUCUUUUGGAAGAAGAGUUUUGUGCUACCCACUUUACCGCCAUUUCAAGCUGGUGACAAAAGCCUGCAGAGACACUAUAAAGAUACUGCAACUAGGUAAAAGUGCAGUUUUAAAGUGUCUACUGGAUAUUCACAAAAUUUUUCAGGAAAGUGACCCAGCUUACAUUCUAAACGAUCUCUAUAUCUCAGACUACUGUGUAUGGAUUCAGAAAGCCAAGUCCGCCAGGCUGGCAGCCCUGGCAGAAGCCUUGAAGGAAGCGCCCCUGACCAAAGCGCAGCUGGGCCUGGAAGUGAAUGAGCUGGAGGCGGCCGCCCUUCUGGUCCGCGAGGAAGAGGCCGCCCGCCCCGCCUCGCCGGCCCCCAGCUCCGAGGCCUCCGACGGCUCCGAGGCCUCCGAUGGCAGUGCCUCUUCAGCCCGGACCACAGACCCAGACUCCGAGCCAGAGGGGCUGGCAGGCAAGGGAGCCGCUGGAGGAGGGUCCUUACAAGGCCCGGUUCUGGACAAAAGCAGCGCCCUGCGUGCUGAUGGCCACGGGCUGUGCGGCCGCUCUCCCAUCCCCGGAGCUGCUGUCCGCCAGGGGGCGCUGCCAGCCUUCGCGCCGGCCCCAGGGAGAGCGGGGCCUCUGAUCCAGGAGCUGGGAGAACAGCUGGAGGCCGUGGUUCGACUCUCGGAGCCCCAAGGCUCCCCUGGGCCCCGCAGGGCACAGGCCAGCAGCGCCCUUCCAGGACGGGUGGGGAGGGCUUCACUGGCGGACGGGCACACGUCAGGCUUGGGUUAGCUACUGACUGAGGAUUCUUUUCGCUUUUAUAAUACUUGUACUCUUCCUCAUUGUAUACAGCAUGUCUCCAAUGAGCAUCCUUCCUGCUCCUUGAAAGUUCUGGAGUACUUUUACCAAAGCAUAAUUAACAUCCGAAGAGGAAAGCAAUGGUUCUGCGAGAACCCCGAGGGUGGGGAGCCCAUUGAUAUUCUAAUAGCUUUACCCAGACCCACUGGGCACGCAGGAAGCUGCACACGCUUCACAUGUAUGAUGCCAUCCAUGUUGAUGACACACACCACACCAGUCCUCUUUGCGAUCAAGAGACUGUACUUACAUCAUCUCCCAGUGUCUUCCUGGCGCCCUCCCCACUGCCUCCCAAUAAAGCUGUGGUGAAUGUUUCUGUGCAA